AUGGAACUGUAUAUUUAGGAUGGACUACUCUGUCUCGCACAGAUCGCCCAAUAUAGGAAAGUUUAGACCCUUGUUUGCCAAUAAUCUCACUUUGCACAAAAACAUUCUGUGAAAGAACACCUUCCAGCCCUGAGGGACGCAUCUUAAAAUAUCCCUAAUCGAGUUACAGCAGAUCAUUUUCAUGUAACACUUUUGUAAUUAUUAUAACCUGAAGCCUAAGUAAUAAAGAAAGGAGUGAAAUCUGCCUCUUGUCAGCGUUUACAAUGAAGAGCACUUGCAUGAUUAGAUGUCUUGCGAUCAAUGCAGCCUUUUCUCCCAAUCAUUAAGACUGCUCUUAACAGAUUACAGCCCCCUCCCAAAUACACACAGGCUUUCUCCUCCUCUCUGCUCCUUCCUGCAUCUCCCACACGCUCCCUCUUUGUUGGACAGAUAGGACACUUGUUUCUACGCCUUUUGUUAAGGCUUACAUUUUCUUUUUUUUUCUUUUUAAUUUUUUGUUCUUUCUACUCAGCAUUUUACACUCAGACUACAGCUUUCAAUUUGAAAUUCUGAUUGAUUGUCUGCUUUCACAUUAACUGCACCGAUGGAACUCUGGUAUUAAAAAAAAAAAAAAAAAAUCAAAAUCCAUGAGGACAUGAAAAGACAGAAAUGGACCUACUAACAGUCUUUUGUCACAUUCUGCUGUUGAGUUAUAAUCCGUCUGCAGCCAGAAGCCUCAUUACAGCGGAUAUAUUUGAGGCCAGAGGUCAACGAGUGUGCAAAACUGGAAAAGGGAAGCCUUGCUACAAACUAGCCUAUUUCUCUGACCUCCGGCGACGGCUGAACUUCAAAGAGGCUGAACUUGCGUGCCAUCGGGACGGGGGACAGCUGCUGAGCGUAGAGUCGGCAUCUGAGCAGAAGCUCAUUGAACAGCUCAUUACAGAGCUCCGCCCAACUGAUGGAGACUUCUGGAUCGGGCUGCGCCGUAACCAUGGACACAGAGACAGCAACACUGAUUGCUCCUCUCAGUACUACUGGCUGGAUGGCAGCAAGUCUACUUUCAGACACUGGCACUGGGAUGAGCCAUCCUGUGGUUAUGAGGUGUGCGUUGUGAUGUACCACCAGCCAUCAGCUCCCCCUGGUCUGGGGGGACUUUACAUGUUCCAGUGGAACGAUGACAAUUGUGAAACUAAGAACAACUUCAUCUGCAAAUACACUCCAGAAUAUCAGCCCGACCCUUCACCUUUUCCCAACUCGUCUGAAACAGGCAUCCUUCCAUCAGCGGGGCUGCCCCGGAACCCGAGUGACCAGAACCAGCACAGACAAACAGCCCUGAAUUUGGUUUACAUCAUCAUUCCCACCAUCCCUCUGAUUCUGCUGCUGCUGACGGUGAGCGGGGUCUACUGCUUCAAACUGCUCAUUGGACGGCGGAAAAAGCAGAAAUCUGAAGUUUGCCAGACAAAGCCUGGGGUCUGCCCCAGCCCCACUCCAACUGACGUCUACAACGUCAUUCGCUCCCAGAAGGAUGACGACCUGGUUUCGACACGUCCCCACACCAAAAACACUUCUUUCUUAUGCUCCUCCCCUGACACGCCAACAGGCGAUUAUGACAAUCUGGGAGUUCGGGACACGGAGAGCGGCUUUGUGACGCUUGCCAGCACAGAAAGCUGCUUCCUCAACUACGAGCUUAACAACUUCGGCCUCGGGUGUCAUGGCACCCAAGACUUCUACAACACCAGUUUGGGCCGCUCUGUGAAGAGGGAUGUGAAUAACAGCAGUCUGGGUCGCACAGGACACAGAGACUGCUACGACAGGAGUCUAGGUCGCCGCACAACAAAGAGUGAGCACUAUGGCAGUGGGAGGUAUGGCGACCACGACAUAGAUGAUGCCGUUGUUACAGCUGGGAGUGACCUCUAUGAUCCCAAAGUGAGGGCUGGAGGUCAUUCAGUGAAGGCCGACCUCUAUCAGACAUACACCAACAACGGAAAAGAAGACACUUUUCAAACGACCCUAGGCAUCUACGGAAGCCGCAGAUCUUACCAAGCCAAGCUAGAAUCCUUUAGAAACGACCCAACUGUGGACAGCGGUAGGAGAUACUUCAACGAAGAAUGGCUCAACAGAGAGAACUACUAGCCAAUCCAUGACCUUCUGUGUUGUGUACAGUAAUGUGUGUGCGAUUGUGGGUAGAUGGUAAAAAUUGUGCAUGAUAACUUGCUCGUAAGGCACAUAU